AUGGCCGGCACAAUACGCCCAAAUGACAUGAAUGUGUCGACGACGCCCACGCUGUCCUCGGGCACCCUCCCCAACCUCGCGUCGCUGCAGACGGACGUCGCAAAGAAGCCAAGUGCACCACGAAGUCCUCGUAUAGACGUCGAACCACUUUACACGGCCGUGAAAGCUUCUAUAAGCGACGCCGACUGGACAAUAUAUAAAAAAGCCCUGUCCUUUUUCCUGCUCGGCAACUUGAACCAAGAGGAGCUUACCCACAAGCUAUCCAAGAUCCUAACGACGCCCGCGCUCGAACACGCACACAAUGCUCUCUUUACGGCUAUAUACGGCAACAUAUGGCGUGAUGCACCAGACGCAGGCAUCGCGAGCUGGGUCAGUAGUAGUGACAAGCCGACGAGCGGGACGAUCAAGGGGACAGGGGAUGAGAGCGAGAAGAGGCUCAAACAUGAAGUCAUGCAGUUGAGUCGGAGAGAGAGAAAGAGGUUAAAAGGGAUACCCGCAGGCGAGAGUCCGUUGAGCACAGGACUGGAGGGGCUGGGUGGUGCUGCGACCGGACCGGCGCAAGAGUACGUUGAGGCGAGACGGGCGAAGCAGAUGGACGUUGGCGCAAAUAACAUCCAAGGCGGAGGAGGAUUCGGCAAGACGAACUGGGAUCUUGAGAUUCGUAAACGCUAUACUUCAGCCCUCUACGUCGAGACGCACGAGUUCCCUACGGCGACCACAAUAGGCUAUCGCCUUCUUCCCAUAUGCUACGAGUUCGGACUUCCACAAGGUCACACGGUCGAUUGCCCAGACUACCUCAAUAUUGCAACCGAAACAUACAUCAAGGAGGCUUUGGCCAACCUGCUGGGCAAAGUCAGCAGUAACGGCCCUGGUUAUGUUCGCACAGGCGAGUUCAAGAAGAAGCUGGCGCGCGAGGAACGGCUAGCCGAGCGGGGCGAAUUGCUAAGGGGAAGCGGCGGCGAACUGCCCAUUGAAACAGAAGAGCGACGGAAGAGAAAACUAUUAUGCAUGGAGGACUUGAGGCUUGCGCUGGAUCUUGGGGACUCGUAUCUGGGCCAAACACCACUUAUUGCUGGAUCGAUAAUGAAUUCGAGGUUUCUGGAUACCGAGGGCAUAGAGGAGAUAUACGACGAGCCUGCGAAACCACUUACCAAUGGUGCACUCACAAAUGGCAUUAAUGGUACCGGUGCGACGAAACAUCAGCUCAAGGGCGAAACGUGGACGAUUGACUUUGGCGACCCGAUGCAGAUUGACGACGAAGUCAACACGAACUGGCAAGGGGGCGGUGUGCAGGAUGUGCAGGAGCUGGACGACGCGCUCGAUGACGUCCUCAAUCUCGGUGAUCUCUGA